UUUUUUGAGCCGAGUGAUUGCCAAAGGAACUCAGUAUCUCACGUAUACUCAGUGCUUGUGGUCGUUCUUUUAACCUUGCUUGCUUGCUUGUUUGGUCCUCUUGCGUUGGCUUCGAUAAGCCGCGCCUCCGCAUCUCCCUUCCCCGCCACCAUGUUCGCCACCAUGAACGGAACAGCGCAAAACUCGAAGAAAUCGCCGCCGGAAAUCGCGCUGACCAACGGAACAGUCAACGGAGUUUCGGCCAAGAACGGAGCGGCGGAGAACGGACAGGAGAACGGACAGGAGGAAGGGGGGGAACUCCUGCAGAAGGUCCUGGAGAUCGUCUUGCGGGAGAAAAUCGUGACGGGGAUCGACGCGUCGGGGAAGAAAGUGAUCGAGUUCAAGCAGCCCGAGGAACUGAAGAAACUGUUCGACCUGCGAGUGGGUCAAGACGGCUGUUCCCCCGACGAGGCGCACGCCCUUCUUGAACAGGUGGUCCGGUACAGCGUGAAGACAACCCACCCGCAUUUCUACAACCAGCUGUACGCGGGCAUUGAUGAAGUGGCGUUGACCGGGGCUUGGCUCACCGAGGCCCUCAAUACAAAUCAAUACACGUUCGAGGUGGCGCCCGUGUUCAUGCUGGUGGAACACGAGGUCAUCCGGCAGCUGGUGGAGCUCUACGGCUUCGAUGACGGAGAUGGCAUCUUCGCUCCGGGUGGCAGCAUGAGCAACAUGUACGCGAUGGUCCUCGCGCGCUACAAGAGGAACCCGAAUGUCAAGAAGACCGGCGUCUUUUCCCUCAAGCCGCUUAUUGUUUUCACGUCCGAUCAGGGUCACUACUCCGUCAGCAAGAGCGCCUCCUGGCUGGGCAUCGGCAUGGACCACGUCGUGCCCGUAGCCACCGACGACCAAGGCAGGAUGAUCCCCGAGGCUCUCCGGAAGGCGGUGCAGAAGGCCCGGGAGCAGGGAGGGGAUCCGUUCUUCGUCAACGCCACCGCCGGGAGCACCGUCUUCGGCGCCUACGACCCCCUUGAUCAGCUGGCCGAUGUUUGUGCCGAAGAAGGAUUGUGGCUGCACGUGGAUGGUUGCUGGGGAGGCGCCGUUAUUCUCUCUAAGAAGUACAAACACCUCGUCUCUGGAAUCCACAGGGUAGAUUCAGUCGCCUGGAACCCUCACAAGAUGUUGGGCGCAGCGCUGCAAUGUUCAGCGUUCGUUACCAAGCACAAGGGGCUCCUCCACCAGUGCAACUCGGCGCGGGCGUCCUACCUCUUCCAGCAGGACAAGUACUACGACGUGAGCUACGACACGGGCGACAAGAGCGUCCAGUGCGGGCGCAAAGUGGACGCCUUCAAGCUAUGGCUCUCGUUCAAGCUGCACGGCAUGGAUGAGCUCGAGAGGAGGGUCGACGCCGCCUUCGCCGCCUCCAGGUACUUGUGCGAGCAGGUGAAGGUACGAGAGGGCUUCCGCCUGCUGCAGGAACCCCAGUGCACCAACGUGUGCUUUUGGUUCAUCCCGCCCAGCCUCAGGAACCUGCCCGAGACCCCCGAGUGGUGGGUGAAGCUGUCUAAGGUGGCGCCGCAGCUGAAGGAGCGCAUGGUACGCGACGGGUCCCUGAUGGUCGGCUACCAGCCCGUCGCCUCCAAGGGCCUCGUCAACUUCAUCAGGAUGGUGACCACGUGCACGCCCACGCCUACGCGCGCCCACAUGGACUUCGUGCUGGAUGAGUUCGAGAGACUCGGAGCUGAUUUAUAAUCAAGGGGUUAGAAGAGGGGAGGAGGGGGGGGGGAAGAAAGGGAAAAGAAAAGGAGGUUAAAAUGAGAAAGGGAACGAGACAAAGAGUCAGAAAGAAAAAUGGCUCAAUUAAGAAUAGAACAAGAGAAAAUCUGUGACUACAGGUAUAUGCGCACAUAUAUGUAUGUGCAUGUAUAUAUAUAUAUAUAUAUAUAUAUAUAUAUAUAUAUAUAUAUAUAUAUAUAUAUAUAUAUAUAUACAUAUAUAUACAUACAUAUAUAUAUAUAUACGUACAUAUAUAUAUACAUAAAUAUAUAUAUAUGUGUGUGUGUGUGUGUGUGUGUGUGUGUGUAUGUGUGUGUGUGUGUGUGUGUGUGUGUGUGUGUGUGCGUGCAUGUAUGCGUGCGUGCUUGCGUGCGUGCGUGCGUGUGCGUGCGUGCGUGUGUGUGUGUGUAUGUGUGUGUAUACAUAUAUAUAUAUAUUCAGUAUAUAUAUAUAUAUAUAUAUAUAUAUAUAUAUAUAUAUAUAUAUAUAUAUAUAUAUAUAUAUAUAUAUACUGAACAUGCACAUACGCAGUGAUAUAUGUCUAUAGUAAUAUACAAAGUAUUAGAAAAACUGAGAUGAAUUAUAUUCCGCGACAACUCUUGUAUGUGAUCCAAAGAACAAAUUAAUAAAAAUUCAAAGAAAAAUGAUGAUGCACAUUUCUGAACAAAGGUAAUGAUCGCAAAGCUGUUCGUCGGCCAUUGAAAUUACUGUGAUAUUUGCAUAAUGGUAACUUUAGUGCUUGAGUCUUCAUACUUCUUGCUCAUGCAAUAAGUACUUGCACGAUCAAUUAUUUUUCCUUAUUUUCUUAAAACAUAUAUAAAUAUAUGUGCAA